AUGCAUGAUAGUUCUUCAUCAAUAGAUACACCGGCUCCUGAAAUCGUUCAGCCAUUGAUUGGUCAAAGCAACGAGAAAUCAGAAAAAGCGAUUGCUUUGUAUCAAAUAGGUCUAAACCCAUCAUCUUUGUUUGUAACUGAUGAAAAUAAACAGUAUGGACCAGUAAAGGAAACAAUCACUCCUUCUUCUUUGAAACAAAGCAAUGCCCUUCGAUUCGAAUACAAAGAAAAUUCAAUUAUCCCUCAAAAUCAGCAGAAGAGUCGAGAACAACAUCAGACAAAAGCGAACCUUGGUCAACGUGGCUUGAAUAAUAUUGGAAAUAGUUGUUUUAUGAACAGUGCUCUACAAUGUUUAAGUAAUGUGCCACAAUUGACAAAUUACUUCAUCGAGAAAAUAACUGCUGCGCCAAAGGGUACAAAUCCAUUUGAGAAAUACGGUGAGGUUGCAGGUUCAUAUGCCGCUUUCAUCUAUUAUAUGUGGUGCAAUCUGGACAAUUGUGCAUCGUUUUCACCCAAUAAAAUAAAAGAAAGUAUCAGCCGUUACGCACCACAUUUUUCCGGCUAUUCCCAGCAAGAUGCACAUGAGUUCAUGAGCUUUUUAAUCGAUUCAUUACAUGAAGACGUAGAAAAGUUAGGCGGCGAUACAGUAGUGGCUCGAUUGUUCCAUGGACAAAUUAAUAUGGUCGCCAAAUGUUUCACUUGCCUAACAACUGAAUGCACACCUAAUUUAAUCUGUUUCUUACCGUUAUCACUGAAAAGACGUACACGCUUCAUCGUUAUUACCCAUGUUUCUUCGAAUAGUAGCGAGAUAACUCAAACCUGCGUUGAAAUAUCUAUAAGCGGAACAGUAUCGGACUUAAUGGUGGGAUUUAUUUUGGAACGAUACUCCCCUAUUGAAAAGUCGAUAGAUUUUAUAUUUCCCCUAUUUGAUCAUCUACGAGUAACUAAUACAUCGAAUCCUCAUCAUCUUCCAUUAGACAAACCGUUAAGUACGAUAAGUGAACAUGACAUUACCUUCUAUGAAGUAAAACAGCCAAUGAAUUACCCGAAAUUCUCGGUAAAACAAUCGCUGAAAACGGCGACAAUAUCAAAUAUCCACGAUUGUCUAAAAGAUUUUCUAUUUCCCGAAGUUAUUGAUGGUGAUUGGUAUUGUCAAAAAUGUCAAAAGAAAUCAGAAGGAACUAAAAAGAUAGAUCUCGUCUCAUUGCCACCUGUACUCAUUAUUCAAUUAAAGCGUUUUAUUUAUAAUGAUGAUAAUAGACGUUGUAAGAAUACAUCAUUCAUCAAAUAUCCAAUGGAAAAUUUUGAUUUAAAAGAUUAUGUUCAAAACAGUCAACAGUCGACAAGAUACAAUUUAAUUGCCGUUUCAAAUCAUUUAGGAUCAAUACGUGGUGGACACUAUACAACUUAUGCAAAAAAUUUUAAAAAUCAUCAAUGGUAUCAUUUUGAUGACACAAGAGUUUCUCAUGUGACCGGUGAUAUUGAACAACAAAUUGUUAAUCAAAAUGCUUAUGUACUCAUUUAUUUGAAAGAUACACCAAAUUAUCAAACAUUCUAA